AUGCCAGUCAAGAACCCACUAUCGUCCCUCAACCCAGUCGGAUCUGGGACCGAGCAGGACAACAAGCAGAAUCAAGGCACUGAUACCACUGAGUCGGUCCCUCGCACUGUGGCCGGCGUGGUCAACGAAAAGGGAGAGAUUGUCGACAAGUCGGGCAAAGUCAUAGGAACCGUCACCGACCUGAAGGACUAUGAAAAGCUAGUCGGCGGCGCAGUCACGGAACAGGGGGACGUUGUCUCAGACAAGGGCGACAGCCUGGCCAAUGUUCACAUCGACGACAACUACACGCCCACAAGAGCCCCUGAGAAAAAGGAGGGCGGUGGAUGGAAUGUUCUGGGAAAGGCCAAGACAGCCAUGCAGUACGGCGACAGCAUCAGAAGUGCCGUAUCGUAUGGUCAAAACUUGCAGGGAGCCUACAGCAAGUUUGCCGGUGGCCAAAAGGCGGAAGCGGAAAAGGCGGGCGAGCGUGCCGGAGAAGAAGCCGGCGGCCAAAAGGCGGAAGCGGAAAAGGCGGGCGAGCGUUCCGGGCAAGAAGCCGGUGAGGAUGUCCAAGGCGCUGGAGAGUCUGCUGGCGGCGAAGACCAGAUACCCACGCCAGUCAAGAUGGAGGACAAGGACAGCCCUGCCCAGCAGGACGUCGGUGCCGAAACGGAAGGGUUGAAGUCCCAAGCAGACGAGACCCAGGGAGCGGCAGAAAAGUCUGCUACCGAGGCCAAGGACAAGACAGAGUCUGCGCUGGGUGAGACCGAAAAUGACGUCCAAGGAAGAGGUGACUCUUUAGCCGCCCAGAGCCCGAGACCUAUUUCUGAGGAGGACAUCAAGGACAAGGACAUUCCCGAGUCUUUGAAGGAGUCAACUGAAGCAACUCCGGCAGGAGAGAAUGCUCCCGAGGAGGGACUCGAGGGUGCCACGGGCGACCACAAGAUCGAUGAGGAGAAAGCAGCCAGCCUCAAGCCAGAGGAGGGUCAGCCCAGCGAGGAUAAAUCAGACAAAGACAACUUGGAGGAUAUGAAGCCUGGCGAAAGCACCCUCGGUGAGGCCAAGGAUGAGGCCACUGGUACGGCGGAAGGAGGGGAGCUCAGCGAGGACAAAUUGGGACAAGACAAAGUAGACGAAACUAAGCCCGACGAAGGUGCCCUCGACGAGACCUCUGGCAAGGUUGAACAGGACCAACGCAGCGAGGAUAACUUGGACCAAGAAAAAUCAGACGAAACCAAGGCUGACAAGGAAGCCCUCGAUGAGACUGCUGACAAGGCGGAGGAAGGGGCAGAGGAAGCCGGGGAGACGGCCGAAAAAGCAUUGGACUUUAGUGUACUCAAAGGUACCAAGGUGAACAAAGCUGGCAACCUAGUCAACGAACAUGGGGACAUUAUCGGAAGACUGGUGGAUGGCGACGCCAAAAAAUUGAUCGGCAAGACGGCCGACGAAAAAGGACAAAUCUGGAACGAGUCCGGCCAGAUCAUAGGCAAGGCGGAGCCGAUUCCCGACUUGGAACGCGAAGCGGCGGCCAAGGACUUUGCGCCCUUUGAAAACUUCCCCGACGCCAUAGUCGAAGGCGACGGGCGUGUCAUGUCCGAGGGACGGCAGGUCGGCGAAGUGGUCGAAGGUGAUGUCAAGCGCAUGAAGGGCAGCCGCGUCGACGAGGACGGCGACAUCCUCGACCGCCGCGGCAACGUCAUCGGCAAGGCAGUGCCCUGGGACGAGCCCGAGCCGAUUCCCGAACAGGCACCCGACAUGUCCUCCCUGGCGGGGAAGCGAGUCAACAAAGCCGGCAAUGUGGUGGAUGCGCACGGCCAAAUCUUCGGCCGCGUCGUCGAGGGCAAUGUCAAGGCGCUCGUGGGCCGCAUGUGCGACAGAGAAGGCAACAUCAUGAGCGAGUCGGGCGAGAAGAUAGGACGAGCCGAGCUGGUUUCCGAGUCGGAGCGCGAGGGAUCUCGCGACGGACCAUUCGCGGACCUCCCUGGCUGCACCGUCACCAGGGACGGCAAAGUGGUCACAUCAUCCGGCGACGUAGUUGAUAGACUCACCAGCGGUGACGGCAAGGCCUUGUACGGCCGGCCCGUCGACGAAGACGGAGACGUGCUCGACAAGAACGGCAACGUCCUGGGCAGGGCUGAGCGGUGGGAGGAGCCCGAGGUCGAGAAGAAGAAGGAUCCCCUUGCGGGACGCCGAGUCAACCGCGAGGGCAACGUCGUCGACGAGGACGGCAACAUCAUCGGCAGGCUGGUGAGCGGCGACCUCAGCGUCUGUGCCGGAAAGGAAAUCGACGACGACGGAGACGUCGUCAACUCCAAGGGCAUUGCCGUCGGCCACGUGAGCCUGCUUGCGGACAUCCCAACCGAGCCUGCCGAGGAAAAGGAGAAGCGAGAGCAGGCCGAAAGGGACAGGAAGCUAGCCGGCCAGCUCGCCGCCUCCAUCGAGCAGUCUCUGGACAAGAUCAAGCCGAUCCUGAGGAUGAUCACCGCCAAGGUCGACACGGCGGAGCGCACGCCAAAGGAGGAGCUCGACGAGGAACAGCUGGUCAGGGAGGUGAGGCCUCUGAUCGAGGAAGGGAGCAAGAUCCUCACCGAGACCAACGGUGUCGUCCGGGGCAUGGAUCCCGACGGCCGCAUACAGAGGCAGGCCAAGCACAAGGCUUCCACGAAAGACGCGACCCCUGAGGAGCAUCAUCUCGCCGAGGUUCUCAAAGAACUCACCGGUGACGUGACCCAAACCAUUGACAAUGCCAAGCGCAAGAUUGAAGGCAUGCCUCACGCCAAGAAGGAGUUGAACCCUCUCUGGGGCCUUCUCUCGGAGCCACUGUUCCAGAUUGUCGCGGCGGUUGGUCUCCUCCUCAACGGCGUUCUCAGCCUUGUCGGUCGUCUGCUGGGUGGCUUGGGCCUGGGCGGACUGGUUGACAAUUUGCUUGGCACACUUGGUCUCAACAGGGUGCUCGAUGGACUUGGUUUGGGGAGCGUCACGAGCGCCUUGACCGGCAAGAAGGAGAAGAAGAAGUGA